AACACCGGGACACCCGAGCCGAGSAGGGAGCCGGGCCGGGCGCGGGGAGCGCGGCGCAGGGGGCGGAGCCGGUGGCUCCCGGGCCGCCGGAGCCCAUCUGCUGCUGCCGGGGAGCGCCGUGGCCCGGCCCGGCCCGAGGAACGAAGCGGAGGAGAAAGCAGCUCUCCGGCCGGUUUGAUAGAAUUGGCAGGUGUUCACCUUCAUGAAGGAAAGAAACACAUGAGAAGUUCUUAUUCAAGCUGUAGUGUUUGCUUCAAGAUGCCCCAAAGGGAAAACAUUAAUCUGCAAGUCUCAUCUUUCAAAACUGCRUGCAUUCUUUCAAUCAGAGAAAAACGUUUUUUGAGAAAGAUGGCUUGUGAAGUCUAUGAACAAAGGCAUCUUCACAAGGAUACUGAAUGAAAGACAUCAUGCCUUACAAGAGACACUUAUCUUGAAGGGUGACACUGUGCUCUCAAAUUAAAACACAGGCACUGUGAAAACACUGAUCCUGAACAAGAAUAAGGAUUAUAAAAACUACAUCAGAAUGUUUGUUAGUCCCAGAAGAGUCAGAAAAUGCCAUUUUUUGCAGUUAUGUGCCACUUGCUUCAUACUUUGUCUCAUGAUUUUUUGGGUACCGUUUGAUAAUCACAUUGUGAGCCAUAUGAAGUCUUAUUCCUACAGAUACCUCAUAAAUAGUUAUCAUUUUGUGAAUGACAGCCUGUCUAUCAGCAGGGAUAGCGUGAACAGAGUACCAAGUUACCAGUACUUGAUCAACCACAGAGAGAAAUGUCAGCAGCAGGAUGUCCUUCUCCUAUUGUUUGUGAAGACUUCUCCUGAAAACCGGCAUCGAAGGGAUGCAAUUAGACAAACUUGGGGUAAUGAGAAGUAUGUUCGUUCYCAACUGAAUGCCAACAUUAAAACUCUUUUUGCUUUAGGACGACCAACAGACCAUCUGCAGAAAACACAGUGGCAAAAAGACCUUGAGCUCGAAGACCAGAAAUACCAUGAUUUGAUUCAGCAAGACUUCUUGGAUACUUUUCACAAUCUUACUCUUAAAUUGCUUUUGCAGUUUAGCUGGGUGAAUGCCUACUGUCCUCAUGCCAGGUUCAUUAUGUCUGCAGAUGAUGACAUAUUUAUCCAUAUGCCAAAUCUCGUUGCUUAUCUCCAAAGUCUCACACAAAUGGGUGCUCAAGAUAUCUGGAUUGGUCGAGUCCAUCGYGGAUCCCCUCCCAUAAGAGACAAGAGUAGCAAAUACUAUGUUCCAUAUGAAAUGUACCAGUGGCCCUCUUACCCUGACUACACAGCAGGAGCUGCAUAUGUAGUAUCAAAUGAUGUAGCAGCUAAAAUCUAUGAGGCUUCAUUAACUCUGAAUACAAGUCUUCAUAUAGAUGAUGUUUUCAUGGGUCUCUGUGCCAAUAAAAUGGGAAUUGUACCACAAUAUCAUGUAUUUUUUUCUGGGGAAGGAAAGGCUCCAUAUCAUCCCUGCAUUUAUAACAAGAUGAUGACAUCUCACGGACACGUAUAUGAUCUUCGCCAGCUCUGGAAGCAGGCUACAGAUCCCAAAGUUAAACAGAUUUCUUCAGGGAUUUGGGGUAGAAUGUACUGCAGACUAGUCAAUAUUAUGCUUCUCUGUAAACUGUACUACCAGGACACAUAUCCUUGUUCAGCUGCAUUUUCUUAAUACUUGAAUGUCUGCAUUGAAGAUCCACUGAGCCAAGACAGAGCAACGUUUUAGGUGUUUAUCCAAAAUMUAUGUAAACGUGGAAAGAGGUAAAAUUUAUAUGUCAAUACUUGGGGUGGGCAGAGGGAGAGGAAGAAGAUGGUCCCAGAUUCUGUCCAGAGACUUACUGGAAUGAAUAGCUCUCCUGUUGUACUUCAAUUUAUUACAUUGUAGCCUGUUUUUUUACACUCUUCAAGGGAUGCAAGUCUGGAUUACAAGUGAACUAUAAUGAACUUGUAGACUUUGAAAUGCUUGUUGAAAGUGUCUGUUUCUUUGAACUUGUCUGUAUGUCUUGACAGUUUUUAAAAAAGCUAUGUGAACUAAGGCAUGUGGCAAAAAAAAAAAUCUGUUCUAUCAAAAUGGAGUAGACCUUUCAAAGCAAGAGAAAGUGGAACUUCUGACUUGAUGAAUGAGACUAUCACAGUUGUUGAAGGUAGUGUAAACUAUCUACAAAUAUUCACCAUUUCUCAGUGCUUCAUACAAAGUCACUCAGGACCUGCACAGUUGACAAACAGUGCAUGCUAGAAGUGAAAACCUGCUACAAUUGUUUUCUCAAAUCUCUCUAAAUCUUUGAAAUAGGGAAAGUGUUUGGAUGCCCUCUGGCAUGGUGGUUUUAAGUAACAAAGGAACCCCCUUUAAAACUUGAACUAUAAAAGUCAAAUACRAUUCAUGUAACUGGCUGGACUAAUMUUUCUCUGUCUUCCAAAAACUGAAUCAGUAUAUUUAAACAGUCCAAUCUUUAAUAAAUAAAUAAAGUUAAAUUAGUUUUUUUUUUAAUAAUGCUUCUGUUUUCCAAUAUUCAUGAUUGUAGAGGUGAAAAGAAAGCAUAAGUCCCUGAGAAAAGUCAAGAGCUAGUUUGAAGAGUUCAAAAAAACAAAAACCUUAUGCUUGUACUAACAGAGUGGGAGGAUAUUUUCUGCACAAACUUUGACUUUGCAUUGAAGGGAUAGUGAGAUCGUGAUUCACAGAAACUCAGUACACAAAUCAAAAUAACUAAAAUAUUUCUCCUGGUGUCAAAAUUGUCUUUAAAAUUUCAGGGUUGUUUGUGUCCACAAACCCCUGUACCUUGACUAAAUCUUAAUAUUAAUAUCACUUGCAAAGGAACAAAAUAGCUGUGCUUUGUAAACCAGAACAGAGCUAAGUCAUGUGCAAACUGCAGCCUGUAUGAGUUGUCCUGUGGUGCCAUAAAGAUACUGCAGAGAAACCAGAGUUGCAGGAUGUCUGCAGUCCUUGCAUAGCUCAGUCAUGGUGCUUCUACAGACUCUCAGGACAGAUAUCUUGGUUGUUAAUUGCCAAACCUGUGGUAGCUGUACAGGAGUUGCUAGUUUGAAGCUGUGAGUAGUAAACUUGGUUUAACUAACUGCUGCUGCUCUUGGAGCUGUGCUGCUGGUUUUCUGGUUUAAAUGGAAAAUGGAAUCUGUCAGUAUUGACAGAAUCCAGGAGUGAGCUUGCUGACUGUUAUCUAAGCUGUUCAAAUGGAGGGUAGGUAGCUACUGGAAUUAAGUAAAAUAUGUAACUUUCUAUAAUUGGUUUUGCAGAAGGAAGAUAAGAUUCCUAACUGGACCCGAAWGUUGGGCAUAUAAAGAGCCCAACUCCCACAAACAAGUCAUUUGUCAGUGGCAGAAUGACUGAAGAGUAUAGCAGCUAUGCUUUAGAAGGAACAAAUCCRGUUCCUUUUCUUGCCUAAACAAUGGAUAAUAGUACUGGGGAUGUAGAUCUGCAUAACCUGUUGCAUACAGAGGAACCAAAUGCACAUAUAGAAAAAGUAUUAUUUUGUAUUGAAGGAAAGCUGCUUCAUCAGAUUUUURAUUUGUUGUGAGCCAUUUAAAUCAACAAAGCUGCACAGCAAAACUGCACUGCUAGAAAAAGCCACCUGUUCACUGAAGGGAAAGAGGGUCUUCAUAUGCAGUAUACAACGCAGAUGUACAAGUAAGACUACAGUCUUCCAGAAUAACUGUGUGUUGGGAUUUGUUUUCACUCAUACAAGCAAAAGUAAAGUAAGCUUUAAGUAGCUUUAACCAACUGACAUUAAAAUGCUGCUUAAAUACAAUUUGCCAUUACCCGAAAGUCACUUUUGGCCAUUGAAAGAUUUUGUUUUACAGUUGGUUUUGAGUUUUGCUUGGAUUGUUUCUUAAUCUUUAAAGGGCCUUGAUGUUUGUAGUAUGCAUUUUCUUUUGCUGCAGUGAAAAGAAGUUGCUUGUUGAAUAAAAAGGAAAGCAUGAARGCACUCCUUCCAAAAAAUGGAGACACAAAACUUUGUAUUUUCUGGUUCUAAACACAACUUAAGAUUUGUACACUUCCAUCAGGAAUCUUUUUUAACAAUAGUCUCGGUGCUCCAAUGCAGGGCUGUUAGGUUUUACUCCUACAAAUAAAACUUUAUCAGCCUGAAUGGUCACUCCUUAUUAAGAGUUUGACAUUGUUGCACAGCAUAUUAAAUGCUAAUUUUUUUUACCUUUGUUUGUUUGGUUUGCAUCAAUUUCCCUUUGAUAUUACUAAUUUUUAUACAAAAUAUUCAAUAUUUAUUCUUAAACUUUGCUCUGUACCACAAAAGACAGUUGUUUUGUAAAAUUUGUUUUGAAUAAACAAACUUAUUUCUUUUAAAAAAACUUAAACAAUACAGCAAAGGCUAAUAUCUCUUGUUGCUUUCUUUGUAACUGACAGGAUCAGUUCUGAUACUUUUACAUGUUGUUUUGAGCUCUCUCUUACAAGAGGACUUCCAACUGCCUCCCACUCCCCCCCUGUCCCUGGUGUGCACAAAAGGCAAAACUGGUGUUCCCAAGAAAAGAGAGAGCUCACGAAUUUGUUCACUAAGCUUCUAGGUCUAAAGUUGUAUAAAAUUGCCAGAUAUUAGAAGCCUAACCUGUUGUUAAUGUUAUAAUUUGCAUGUUCUCUUCAGGCAGCUGUUCCUCUGGAGAUGUGUAUGUGUCUACAAAGUUUUCAUACUUUGCACCUUUGGAAAAGUAGCUGAUGGUUUGGGGACCAGACAUAGUAUUUUUAUAGGGUAUAAUUAGAUUCAAAUAAUUAUGAUUUGUAUGUCUCUCCAAUUUGUCUGACACAAUGUUUCAAUYUAGGGUUUUUACAAAUGAAGUCUUUUGCAUCAGGUAACUUCAGUGUGUGAGACAGGGGCAUAAUGUAAGUAUAAAUUGUCUAAAUGAUAGUGAAG